UGUUAUCCCCACAUUCUCGCUCUAUCCACUUCUCAGCCGCAGGCCACCGGGCCCCUUCGCCACACCAAGCAAGCACCCAUGGCGCAAGCCAUGGCGUUGCUGCGGUAUUCCUUCUUUCUCUCGCCGUCGGCCUCACACACUCUCUAUCUCGCACGGCGGCAGUACCCUCUUUCGUCUUCUCUCCUUCUCAAGAGAAAAACCAAACCCCAAAUCUCAGCUUCCUCUCCUUCUUCCAUGUCCAACGUCGCCUCCACCGAUGCGGCGGCUUUAACGGUUUUCCACCUCCACAAUACGUUGACGAAGCGGAAGGAACCUUUCCGGCCAACACUGGAAGGCAAGGUGGGCAUGUACGUUUGCGGGAUCACUGCCUACGAUCUGAGCCACAUCGGCCACGCGCGCGUCUCUGUCGUCUUCGAUGUGCUGUAUCGUUAUUUGAAGCAUUUAAAAUAUGAAGUCAUUUAUGUGAGGAACUUCACUGAUGUUGAUGACAAAAUCAUUGCUAGAGCAAAUGAGUUAGGGGAGGAUCCCUUGACUUUGAGCAACCGCUACUGCACUGAAUUUCAGUCUGAUAUGGCUCAUCUUCAUUGCUUAACGCCUACUUUCGAACCACGUGUCUCAACUCAUAUGAGCCAAAUUAUACAUAUGAUUAAGCAGAUUCUUGUUAAUGGUUUUGCCUACAGUAUUGAUGGCGACGUCUAUUUCUCUGUUGACAAAUAUCCUUCAUAUGGCCAAUUGUCUGGUAGGAGAUUGGAGGAUAAUCAACCUGGACAGAGGGUUGCUGUAGAUUCAAGAAAGCAAAAUCCUGCUGAUUUUGCUUUGUGGAAAGCUUCAAAGGAUGGGGAACCAUUUUGGGAGAGUCCUUGGGGACCAGGAAGGCCAGGAUGGCAUAUUGAAUGCAGUGCAAUGAGUGCAACUUAUCUUGGUCAUUCGUUUGAUAUACAUGGUGGUGGGAUGGACCUUGUUUUCCCUCACCACGAGAAUGAAAUUGCUCAGAGUUGCGCUGCAUGUAAAGAAAGCAAUGUAAACUAUUGGGUCCAUAAUGGCUUUGUUGAUGUUGGAUCUGAAAAAAUGUCGAAAUCACUUGGUAAUUUUGUCACAAUACGCCAGGUCAUAGAAGUGUACCAUCCAUUGGCUUUAAGGCUCUUCUUAAUUGGCACUCACUACAGGUCGACAAUCAGUUAUUCUAUUGCACAGCUAGAGAUAGCAUCGGAUCGAUUGUACUAUAUCUAUCAGACUAUAUGUGAUUGUGACAACUCAUUGAACCAAUUUAAUGGGGAAAACCUGAAGGACUAUGUACCAAAAUAUAUUGUAGAUUGCAUAAACAAAUUUCUAUUUGAUUUUGAAAAAUCUUUAGCAGAUGAUCUACAUACUCCAAUUGCGUUGGCUUCAUUUUCUGAACCACUGAAGAUCAUUAAUGAUCUCCUUCAUACUCGUAAGGGAAAGAAAGAGCAUAUGAGGAUGGAAUCUCUUAUGUUACUGGGAAAUGAAAUCAAGGAUGGUCUUCACAUUCUGGGAUUGAAGCCUUCUAGUUUCUCCGAGGCUCUAUUCCAGUUGAGAGAGAAAGCCUUGAAGAGAGCUGAGCUCACUGAAGAACAAGUGUUGCAGAAAAUAGAAGAGAGGAGCUCAGCGCGGAAGGCGAAACUGUAUGAAAAAUCUGAUGUGAUCAGGAAGGAGUUGGCUGCUGUUGGGAUCACGCUGAUGGACGGUGCUGAUGAAACCAGCUGGAGGCCUGCAGUUCCCCUUCAUGUACAGGAGCAAUUGCCAUCUGCUCUUUGAAUUUUUUCAAGCCUUUAUGUAUUUGAAGAACAAUUUGUCUUUGCUGUUAAAUAGUUAUGCUCAAAUUAAUUCCUGUAAGUUUACAUCCGAAUGAUUUUGGAGUUUUUAAGUCUUAAACUUGUCUUUGCAA